UUUUCUUUACUCUAUUACUAGUUGGCCUACUGUAGACUAUGUUAUUUGCAGGCCGGUGUGACGAAAUUACAGAAUAGCAUUUGUUUUAAUUAGCGACGCGUAAAUUGCCGGCCGCCGGCCAAGAUUUCCCUUCGAGGUGUUUUGGUCCAGGAGGGAGGUCAUUUUUUUUCGAGUGUUUAUUUAAUUCGACUUCUUUAAUCUAUUUUUUAAUUAAUUUUAAGUAAGCAAGCUUUUCAGGUUUGAUUUUUAAGUAGAAUACCAGCGAGAACUUAGUGAACAAAAAAUAAAUUUACACAAAUUGACUCAGUCCUACGGUACGCUCAAGAAGGCUUGUGUUGUAGGUACUCAGACAACGAUAUAUAUAAUAUACAAAUUAUACUUAAAUAUAUACAUAGAAAACAUCCAUGACUCAGGUAACUGUGCUCAUCCCACAAAUACAUGCCCUUACCGGGAUUCGAACCCAGAACUAUCGACUUCAUAGGCAGGGUCACUACCCAUUAGGCUAGACCGGUCGUCAUCAUAAUCGUACGUCUAGUGAAACUAACCGACUAUCAUUCAAAACAGUUAUUGUAACUUUGUUUUAGUUUUGAACACAUGUUUUUAUUACUGCUUAUAUAACACGACAAACGGUCCCAAUGACAACAAUAUCGUUUCCAGGGAUGUUUUCAUAACAUAAUCGAAACAUUAUAUCGCCUUCGUCACUUGUUGUCUCGAUAAGUCACAUCUUUAGUGUGUCCAGUGCAUUGCUUCCGUAUUGUGGGUUUUGAAAUAAUGGAUUUAUGCAAUAAUGCAAGGAAGUUCACAAACAUGCAGAUACCAAUAUUAAUAUGUCUGAUAUUAAUUCCAUUACCUGUGCAAAAUAUAGAAUACUAUAAAACCUACUACACGAAAGAAGUACUCUUAUUAUGGAACCGAAGUGGAAUGAAGCCAUGUUGCCUGAACGUCCACAAAUAUACCAAUACUUUGUUCUUCUGCUUUAGCAGACCUCAAAAUUUCGAUUCCCAAGUAGCCUUUUUAAAUAUGGAUACAAAAGAAACAGAAACAAUCACGGGAAUCAAGAAAGGAUGUGCUAAUACUGUAGAUCAAGAAAAUGAUAUAGUUUAUUUAGGAGGAAGUAAAGGAAUUUACAAGUACAACAUGGAAACGAAGAAGCCAGAAUUUUACGCAGAAAAGGAUGUUCACAUAAAAUCACUUUUUUACAAGGAACGCUUAUAUUACAUUCGGCAUCCAGAUAAGAAAGUAUUCAUAGAACAUGAAGGACAGUUUGCACAUAUUUCUGAAUUUAUGGAUCUAAAGAUAGACCAUUUCCUUGUCAGUAGGGAAGGAAUAGUAUAUUUCACUGUUAAGAACAACAUUUACAUUUAUGAUAAAAAUGAGACGCAAUGGGACCUUAAAGGGCUUAGAAAAGCUCAUACAGUGAAUGCAAUGGCUGAAGACAAUAACGGCAUAGUGUACCUUGGCACAGAUCGUGGAGUGUUUACAGUGGUAAAAAAUGGACUACAGAAGUUUAUGAAUGAGAAGAAUAUUGUAGGUAUAACGACAGAUAAACAAGAUAAUUUGAUAUUUGCAGAUAAUUUUAGUAUAUUUAGAUUAUUACGAAAUGAAAAAUAAUUCAAAAUUAUUAAAUGUUAUAAAAAAUUGUGAUCUGAGUUAGAAAAUUAAAUAAUAAUUGCAGUUAAAAGUACGAAAAAUUUAGUUUUUCUUUAGAAAAUAGCUAUUACCUGCGUAUAAACAUGCCAUGCUCACAAUUCAUUGAUAUUCAAUCAAUUCAUGUAAAUCGCUUAAAUUAGCUUGCAAUCUUAACUGAUGUUCUAAACAUAAUAAUACCUGGGUAUGAGUAACUCGUUUAAAAUAAUUUUCACCACACCAAC